AUGCAACGUGCUCCCGCCAGUGGAGACCAAGCGGGCCUUGCAGCAGCAGUAGUGGUCGAGCCCACCACGGUAGAGCGGCUUGAACAUGUUAGUAAGCUGCUCGCCGAAAAUAAGCCUUGGCCCGCCUUUCUCCACAUUGGAGCUCGAGCGACAGAGGAGUGGGAGGCUUGCCCCACCGUCUCCGAGGAGGCUCUAACAUGGAUGACGACCUCUGCAGUUGGGGUGCUCGGCGUUGCGAGCGUAGGGCCCUUAGUGCCUGUGUGCGAGGCCUUCAAGGCGUUGAUCGAGGCCGCAGAGGGUGCGGCCGAAUCCCAGGACAAGCUACAGAGCUUGGUGUCCCAGUGCGCGUUCCUCGCCACCGUCUUGAUCCAGCACGGUCGAGCGGUGGGUCCCCUCACCCAGGUGCACAAGCCCAUCCAAGACUUCGUCGUCACGACCAACGAGCUAGCAGGGUUCGCGGCUAGGUGGGCCAAGGGCGGCAAGUGUAGAGCGUUUUUUUGCCAUCACCCAGACCUGAGCGCCCUAGCCGGCUUCGAGAAGUGCCUCCGCAGGAUAAGGAGCGGCAUCGCCUUGGUACACGGGCUGGAGCACCACCAGUCGUUUUUGGCGGCGCUUCCCUCUUUGCUCCCCCCAAGCUUGCCGGACAUGGCUGCGGUCCCCGCAGGAGCGCUUGACUUGCCCGGCAGCAGCUACGUGGAGCGAGCUGCGGUACAAGAAGUUGCCGACGGCCUCACCGCCCCGGAGGAGUCCCGUGCCCCCUACACCGUCGUCGGUAUGGGUGGAGGGGGGAAGAGCGUGCUGGCCUCUGCUGUCGUUCGCAAGCCGAGCGUGAGGGAGCACUUCCGCGGCGGUAUUUUUUGGGUGAGAGUGGGGAGGGGCGCGAAGAGCAGCCUCCUGGCUCUCCUCCAGGGCCUGGCCAGGGAGAUGGGCGCGGCGCCGACGGAUGCCCCGCACGGGGUGCCUCACGUCCUUGACAGCCUCGAGCAGGUGCAGCAGCAUCUGGCUGCAGUUGCAUCCACCGGCACCUCCCCACGCCUGGUGAUCCUGGACGAUGUGUGGGAGCGCGAGGUCGUGGACGCGUUUCUUCCUCUGGGGUUUAAGGUGCUACUGACCACGCGUGAUCGAUCGGUUGUUGGUGUGCCGGCCGGGCGCUUGGAGCUGGGAGACAUGACGGAGGAAGAGGCGCUGGAGCUGCUGCGGAAGACGAGCGGGACUGUCGUUGCGCUCUGUGGACACCUGCCGUUGGUGCUCGCUAUCGUGGGUUCCAUGCCCGUCGUGAAAGGGAAGGGUUUGAGAGCUGGGGCCUGGGAGGAACUGGCCAAAGAGUUGGAGAACGUGGCCAAGAAAAUGCGAGCCCGGGGCGAGCAGUCAUCGUCUAUCAAAGUUGUCCUUGAGACCAGUUUCGACUCCUUGGCAGUUCGGAAACAAGAAGAGUUCCUGAAGAUGGCUGUGUUGGCCGCGGGUGCUCUUGCGCCGAUCGAGAUGCUGCGCAAUCUGUGGGAGAUAGGGGACGCAGAGAGUACGCGAGACGAAGCUGAGGGUCUGGUGAGCAAAUGCCUUCUACACGCUGUGGGUGGUGGUGGUGGUGGUGGGUACCGUGUGCACGACCUGGUCCUGGAGUUUGCGAAGACUGGCAUUAGGGCAGAGAAGGAGGCGCUGGAAAAGGCCACAUCGCUGCAGGCGCAGUACCUCGGCAGACUGGACGUGCUCAAGAGUUACGGAAACCCGGAGCACGGCGCUGGAGACCAAGGCCUUUUCUUUUUGGAUGCCCUCUGGCGCUCGGUGAAGACGCUCUCGGGGGACCCUGAGCUGGAGGUUGCCUCGUAUCGCGCCAGCCUCGGGGGGUUGAAGUCAUGCGAGGCAACGGAAGCCGUGGCGAGAUCCUGCGGAUCUGUGGGUUUCUUGUUCAACAUUCAGGGCAAGUACGCUGAGGCCGAACCACUCUAUGAGAGGUCACAGGCCAUACAAGAGAAGGUCUUCGGUCCGAAGCAUCAGGUCGUGGCUACGUUGCUCAACAACCGGGCGGCGUUAUUUGAACGGCAGGGCAAGUACACUGAGGCGGAGCCAUUCUAUGAGCGGUCGCAAGCAUUACGAGAGAAGGUGCUGGGCCCGGAGCAUCCUGAUGUGGCCGCAACGCUCAUCAACCGGGCGGGGUUGUUGGAGAAGCAAGGCAAGUAUGACAAGGCUGAGCUUCUGUACAGGCGCUCACUGGCUAUCCACGAAAAGGUUUAUGGUCGUGACCACCCGGACGUUGCUACAGAUCUCAACAACUGGGCGGGGUUGUUGGAGAGGCAGGGAAAGUACGCUGAGGCCGACCCACUGUACGAGCGGUGCCAGGCGAUAUUCGAGACGGCCUUGGGUCCGGAGCACCCGAGUGUGGCCACAGCGCUCAACAACCGGGCGGGGUUGUUGGAGACGCAGGGCAAGUAUGAGGAGGCUGAGCCUAUGUACGAGCAUUCGCAGGCCAUUCGAGAGAAAACGCUUGGUCCGGAUCAUCCUGCGGUUGCAACAGUGCUCAACAACCGGGCGGGGUUGUUGAAGACGCAGGGCAAGUACGCUGAGGCCACGCCACUGCACGAGCGGUCACAGGCCAUACGAGAGAAAGCGCUAGGUCCGGAGCAUCCUGAUGUGGCCACAUCGCUCAACAACCGGGCGGGAUUAUUGGAGAGCCAGGGCAAGUAUGAGGAGAUUGAGCCUCUGAGCAGGUGUUCGCUGGCUGUCGACGAGCACGUUUACGGUCCUACAGACGUCAACAAGUGGACGGGGCUGUUGAGUAUUUGGUUCCUCCGCAAUCAAAGGCUUUUAUAUGUAACCACAGUCCCUGUUGCCCUCUCUCUCGUACUUCAGGGCAAGUACGCCGAGGCCGAGCCACUGUACGCGCGGUCACAUGCCAUCUUAGAGAAGGUGGUUGGUCCAGAACAUCCUGAUGUGGCUUCAUCGCUCAACAACCGGGCGAAAUUGUUGAGAGUGCAGGGCAAGUAUGCUGAGGCAGACCCUCUGUACCUUCGAGCCAUUGAGAUUGGAGAGAAAACGCUGGGUCCCAACCACCCAGCUCUUGCCACACGCCUCAACAACCGGGCGGGGUUGUUGCAGAGGCAGGGCAAGUAUGAGGAGGCUGAGCCUCUGUACAGGCGCUCUCUGGCUAUAAAGGAGAAAGUUCACGGUCCUGACCACCCGGACGUCGCUAGAGUCCUCAACAACUGGGCGGGGUUGUUGAAAGUCCAGGGCAAGUACGCUGAGGCCGAGCCAUUGUUUGAGCGGGUACAAGCCUUACAAGAGAAGGUGCUAGGUCCUGAGCAUCCUGAUGUAGCGGCAACGCUUAAUGACCGGGCGGGGCUGUUGGAGAGGCAGGGCAAGUAUGAGGAGGCAGGGCCUCUGUACAGGCGCUCGCUGGCUAUAAACAAGAGAGUUCACGGUCCUGACCACCCGUCAGUCGCUAGAGAUCUCAAUAACUGGGCGGGGUUGUUGAAGAGGCAGGGCAAGUACGCUGAGGCCGAGUCAUUCUAUGAGCGGUCACAAGCCAUACGAGAGGAGGUGCUAGGUCCGGAACAUCCUGAUGUGGCGGUAACGCUCAACAACCGGGCGGGUUUGUUGGAGAGACAGGGCAAGUACGAGGAGGCUGAGCCUCUGUACAGGCGCUCGCUGGCUAUCGACGAGAAAGUUCUCGGUCCUAACCACCCGGAAGUCGCUACAGUCCUCAACAACUGGGCGGGGUUGUUGAAAGUCCAGGGCAAGUACGCUGAGGCCGAGCCAUUCUAUGAGCGGGCACAAGCCUUACGAGAGACUGUGCUAGGUCCGAAUCAUCCUGAUGUAGCGGCAACGCUCAACGACCGGGCAGGGUUGUUGGAGAGGCAGGGCAAGUAUGAGGAGGCUGAGCCUCUGUACAAGCGAUCGCUGGCUAUCGACGAGAGAUUUUACGGUCUUGACCACCCGGAAGUCGCUACGCACCUCAACAACUGGGCGGGGUUGUUGGAGACACAGGAGAAGUACACGGGGGCUAUUCCACUUUUGGAGAGGGCCCUCUCAAUCUUGACGAAGAGGCUCGGGUUCAACCACCCAGACACGGUCAGCACUCAGAACAGCCUGGAAGUUGUGCGAAAAAUGGCUUGGGCACAACUGGAUAGUCGUUAG